AUGUUUUUCCUUCUGUGCAUCUACGUGGAAGUCACAGCCUCAACGGUCACGAAGCUUGCAGAGUUGUCCAUCGCAGCAGGUGAAUUGUCGCACAUGGCCCUGGAGAGGUUCUCGGAUGAGACUGCUGUUCUGUGCUACCUGACGGACACGCAGGGCGUCUGCGUCGAGAUGUACGCUUCUGGCAAGGGCGGCGCAGCUCAGCUGACCAAGGGCAACCCCCUCUUGGUCGAUCCGGGUGACGCGAAGGCGGGCCACGCCCUCGCCAUCACGAGCGUGUCGGAGGAAGACGGGGUGCUGUGCUACACCGAGACGGGCGAAGGGAACGACCUCAAUUGGGGCAAGUGCGUCCCCGUGGAGGCAACACCCACCAGCACCAGCACGGGCACCUACACAUCGUCGACUCCACACACAACCUCGGCGACGAGCUCGACGUCGGCGACCGCCACCUCCGAGACCAGCACCACGGCCACCAGCAGCACCACGCCGCACACCACGACCGCCACCAGCUCGACCACGGAAACGCUCACGGCGACCUCGGAGACGACGGCCACCGUGACUGGGACAACGGCCACUCAGACGACGGCGGAGCAGGUGGUGGACAGCGGGGCCGUCCGGAUUACCGGCUCGUGCGCGCCCUUGGUUGCAUUCUUAGUUGCGCAGUUGUGGAGCUGA